CCCUCCAGCCCCGGCCGGCCAAUCGCAGGCGUCGAUGCUGGCAGGUGCGGGUGUUAUUGUUUUGGGCUAAAGUUAAAGGCCCCGAGACGGGAGAAGGAGUCCCGGUGUGUCCGGUGAUCAGAGCCCGAGAGACAGCGCGGCAGCCGGGGCCUCCCUCCCCCUCCCCCCGCUCACAGCAGCCCGAUCUACUGACACCACCCGGGGCCAGCGGGGACCCCCCCGGCCAGUCCGUGUCACCCGGGAUACACAGGGGGACCUCGCCCCCAGCCGCCCCCAUGAGGAGAGAGAUGAACGGGGUGACCAAGGGCCGGUUUGAGAUGUUCUCAAACAAUGAUGAGGCUCAGAUUAAUAAGAAGCUUCCCAAGGAGCUUUUGCUAAGGAUUUUCUCCUUCUUAGAUGUUGUGACCUUAUGUCGGUGUGCUCAAGUGUCAAGGGCUUGGAAUGUCCUGGCUCUUGAUGGCAGCAACUGGCAGCGAAUUGACUUGUUUGAUUUUCAGAGAGACAUUGAGGGUCGUGUAGUAGAAAAUAUCUCUAAGCGUUGUGGGGGUUUUCUACGCAAACUUAGCUUGCGGGGAUGCCUUGGUGUGGGAGAUAAUGCACUCAGAACCUUUGCGCAGAACUGUAGGAACAUAGAGGUUUUAAAUUUGAAUGGCUGCACCAAGAUUACAGAUACAACCUCCUCGAGUCUCAGUAAAUUUUGCUGUAAACUGAGGCACCUGGAUCUGGCGUCUUGCACAUCCAUCACUAACCUGUCCCUCAAGGCACUCAGCGAGGGCUGCCCCCUCCUGGAGCAGUUGAACAUAUCUUGGUGUGAUCAGAUAAGCAAAGAUGGGAUCCAGGCUUUGGUGAAAGGCUGUGGUGGGCUACGAUUCUUAUCGCUUAAGGGUUGCACCCAGUUGGAAGAUGAGGCUCUUAAAUUUAUUGGGUCCCAUUGUCCAGAGCUUGUAACGUUAAAUCUACAGGCGUGUUCACAGCAGAUCACGGACGAUGGUCUCAUUACGAUUUGCCGUGGAUGUCACAAACUCCAAUCUCUCUGUGCCUCCGGUUGUUCCAAUAUCACAGACUCCAUUCUCAAUGCACUGGGGCAAAACUGCCCCCGUCUCAGAAUACUUGAAGUGGCACGAUGUUCACAACUGACAGAUCUGGGAUUCACCACUCUAGCCAAAAAUUGCCAUGAGCUGGAGAAAAUGGAUCUUGAAGAGUGUGUCCAGAUCACAGACAGCACUCUCAUCCAGCUCUCCAUACACUGUCCCAGACUGCAGGUCUUGAGUCUCUCGCACUGUGAGUUGAUCACGGAUGAUGGAAUCCGCCACCUGGGCAAUGGAGCAUGUGCCCAUGAUCGACUGGAGGUCAUAGAGCUAGAUAAUUGCCCUCUAAUUACCGAUGCAUCCCUGGAACACCUAAAGAGUUGCCAGAGCCUCGAACGAAUUGAGUUAUAUGAUUGCCAACAGAUAACACGAGCUGGAAUCAAGAGGCUACGGACACAUCUACCAAAUAUUAAAGUUCAUGCCUACUUUGCUCCAGUCACUCCUCCUCCCUCAGUAGGAGGCAGCAGGCAGCGGUUUUGCAGAUGCUGUGCCAUCCUAUGAGAGACAAAUCUUGGGAACCUUCUCCCAUCCCUUCCCAUUUGGGAUUCCAGGUGGACUCAUUCACAAGAGAAUGCGCCAGCUGUUGUGGCUGGGGAGGGGAGCGAAAAAAGCAUUCCCUCCAGAAAAUACCCACCACCCCGAUGAGAUGAGGUGGUGUCAAGCAAACCCCCCUGGGUUUUUUUAUUUUUUUCUUUUUUUUUAUUUUUUUAUUUUCUGGUGGAAUAGUAACUUGAGUCCUGAACAGCUGGAGAAUCCCACAGCACUCCGGGAGUAAAGUCCUCAUCAAAGCAAGGGAUCAGCUGCUACAUUUAGGAGAAGUGAGAGAUUAUCAAUGUUGCUGUUUAGGGCUCUGUCCCGACCUCUUUGUUGCCCGUUCAAAUCAGGCGUAUUUAUAAAGAGGAGGCAAGCUGU